AUGUGGCUCAUCGACUACUCUUCCGGACAGGGCGCUGGAAGCGCGCAGAUCAUGCCCUUUGACGCUUUCCCCGACUCUGGCGACUUCAAACCUUUGGGCAGCUCUACUCUUGUGAGUUGAACACGCCAAGCACGGCUCGCCAACGUAUACGGUUGCGGGCCGAGAGCAACAGUGUCCUCUCCUUUACAUUCUGCUCUGUCCCAGCGUCUUGCACCCAACCGCUUCCGUACAUUUGUAGUCAAUGCGGCGGGUGCUCGCUCAUUGAUCGAAGUUUUCGAUGUCUCUUUGCAGUCAUCCGGCUGGCGCGCCAAGCAUGUGCGAAGCAUCUCACAUCCGCUGGCAACACACACGCCCAACUCGAUCGUCGCGCUCUCCGCUCAGGAAUUCCUUGUGACGCAAGAUCACUUUUUCGCCUACCACGCACCACCGCAAGAUCAACUGCAAAGCACCAUCGAGAUGCUCUAUCCUGCCAGCAAAGGGAUCAUCGCUGCCGCAGCGGCAGCCACUUUCCGUACUGCGAUUGCGACCAACACGUUGCCCAUGCUGGAGACUGUCCUCGCGCCUGCACUGACUUGGGCGAGUAUUUGCACUGUGCCUGUUCGUUCGGUCGUGCAACGCUUAUGUGCGGGUGGUCCAUUUCUUUGUCGAUAGGUCAGCCAUGUCAACUUCACAGACUCUUCUGCCUCGCCGACCGACUCGGUGGGAGCGCGCAUCGUCAUUCGCGACAUCAUCUACUCCAACGGUAUCGCACUAUCGCCCCGAGGCUCCACUCUGGCCGUGGCUUUGGGUCAGUCUCCAGCCGUGCUGUUGUUCGACGCCAAGCGCGGCGCAGAGUGGUACGACCGCAAGCUGCUGAAGGAGAAAGCGAGAGUGUAUCUGCCCAUGACCGUCGACAACAUCAUGUGGUCACCUGCACAAAGCAGCUCCGUGCCCUCAGACGCCACUUCGCCAGUCAAGAUGGACAACAGUGUCAUCACGGCUGCUGGUCAUCCAAGCGGCUUGGCACUGAUCAACGCAGCAAAAGAUCCGCGCAAUGAUGCAGUCAACAAAGCGGGCUCCUGGGCCGUCCGAGUCUCCUACCUUGGCUCGAAUACGGAUGCCGAUCGCGAGGCAGACGUGGACGGCGGUGCGCCGCUUCCCGUGUCCAAGCGAGGCGUUCAGAAGAAUCAGAAUGGCUUUGGGGUACGCACGUUGUACCAAGGCGCAGUGACGGUCAAGCGAAGCGAUGGAGCAUCGCAAGGUCUAAAGACUUCUACCACUGCUGUUUGGGACAGGCAAAGCAAGACGAUGUUGGUGACGGGUCUGUGUGGCAUCCCGGGAUUGAUGACCUGUCGCAACUUUGCGCUGUAG